AAGACAAGUAUUCACAUUCAGAGUUACCCAAUGGUUAAGGAGACCAUCGAUAUAGUUCUGGGAAUACCGGGUGUUCAGGCCCUUGAGGACUCCAAAAACUCUGUGCUCUUCCCAGUAGAUUCCUACAUGCACACUCAACCAAUGAUCAAGCCGAUAGUUGAAACCAUCGAUAACAUGGGAGAACUGACAUUGAACCUUGUCGAUUCCACUGCACCAUGCUUGAAAACUGCAACUUUCAACACCGUUGGUGAAGUGGUUAUGACACCUUUCGUCGAGUUGGAACAGGCAAAGCUGCAGGCCCUUAACUGGACCAAUGAAACCGUUGAUAGACACAUGUUGGCACCAGCGAGAAGACUGAUCCAUGAUACUCGUUCCUAUUACAACAAGCAUUUCUACGAUACCCACGGUAAGCCACUAGUGAGAGGAUCGUUGGAUCCUGCAAUGAGACUUGUCAAUCAUACGUUGGAGGAGUUUGCAAAGAAUAACCUUCCAGAACCUGAUAUUCCCUUCAGUACUGAUGCCAAAACCGAGGUGGAAAAGACAGUGGUUUUGGCCAUGGACAUUACCAAGCGUUCUGUCCCAGUUGUCAUCUCCAAAAAGGUUGAAGUCAUGAUGCUGCCAUAUACCUACAGCAAUCAUGUGGUUAAAGUAUUCAAGAGUAAUGUCUCCAAACAA